UGCGAUGUUGGUCUGUGGACACUUCCCUGGGUGUUUCCUUCCUGCUCAAAGUUCCUCUUUCCUGAACUUGGUGUUUGUGAGUGAUGCUGAUCGUCUCCAUGUGAAGUGUUUAAGCUGUGACGUAAUUGGCCUUAAAAUGUGGCCUUCAAGGCUGCAGAACCUGAAUUGGGAUACAGCCCAGGUGUGGAGUGGAGCUUGUUGUUGGUGUGUGAAGAAACUAAAGAUGAUGGAAGAACCUAAAGAACAGCCAGUCAAAGCAGCUCCAUCAGCAGAGGAGGAGCUUGCCAGGGUGCGGUCAGCCUUUGUCUGGAGGGUAACAACAGAAAUCCUCACACAGCUCCUUGAGGACCUCGUAUAUGACACUGUCUUAAAUGAGUUGGAGAAAGAAUCGAUACUGGAGAAGAACCUAGCCAGAGCAGAUAAGGCACGCAGCUUCAUCGACACAGUGAGGAAAAAAGGAGACAAAGCCUGCAAGAUAACAAUCAAACAUCUUCAGAUCAAAGAUCCUUCUCUUUUCUCUCAGCUGCGUUUAGACUCUGAUCCAUCUGCUCAACAAGAUACUCUUCAGAGGUGUCAGCCUAAACUCAAGUCUCUCUUGAAGAAGAAGUUCCAGUGUGUGUUUGAGGGGAUUGCUAAAGCGGGAAACCCAACCCUUCUGAAUCAGAUCUACACAGAGCUCUACAUCACAGAGGGAGGGACUGCAGAGGUCAAUGAUGAACAUGAGGUCAGACAGAUUGAAACAACAUCCAGGAAACCAGACAGACCAGAAACAACAAUCAGACAAGAAGACAUCUUUAAAGACACACCCGAAAGACAGGACCUGAUCAGAACAGUGCUGACAAAGGGAGUGGCUGGCAUUGGGAAAACAGUCUUAGCCCAGAAAUACACCCUGGACUGGGCUGAAGACAAAGCCAACCAGGACAUUGAUGUACUUAUCACAAGCCUUAUCACAGGGAAGCUUCUUCCCUAUGCUCACGUCUGGAUAACCACACGACCUGCAGCAGCAGACCAGAUCCCCCCUGAGUAUGUUCACAGGGUGACAGAGAAGUGA